AUGGCGGAGCCUAUACCCUCGGCAUCAAAUGCAGUCGAUGCAGGUGACGAUGAGACGACGCAAAACCUCCCUGCAAACGCCGAGGAUCGCAAGGCAGCCGCGGCGUUGAACUCGCUAAACGCAAAUGAAAUGUCCCAAGAGAAUGGAGAGACGGCAAACAAACAACCUUCGGCAGCGGAUCAAGAGGCGUUAGGCAAAGCUAUGUCAAGAUUGGAGAUUGCGAGCGGUGUUAGUAAAAAGAAAGACGAUCCUAAGAAAGCAGAAGCAAAGAAGGAGGUGGAGGUUAAGAAAAAGGUCAAGGUUGCAGCUGAAGACGUAACGUUCUUGGUCGACGAACUUGAAUUGUCCAAAGCCAAAGCCACGGAGCUUCUGCGCGCGCACGACGGAAAUGCUAUACAGGCCAUCAAAGCCUACAUUACUCCAGCUAUUCGAGCAUAG